AUGAAAUCACUCUUUAGCCUUUGCACAGUCAUCCUAUGGCUAUUUGGUUUCCAAGGAGCCAAUGCAGUCCAAUCCUGGCCGGGAUCCAAUCUGUAUUAUGCAGCAGGGUUGAAUACCGUGCAGCAGGAUUCACUUCUGGGCAGUCUCCAAAGCGCCGGAAUCAAAGUGCUCAGAGUCUGGCUCGAUGGACAAACCGAGACCCAAAAGGGAACCAACAUCGUUCCAUUUCCGAGCCUCGAGCCCAAUGCCAUUGGAACGUACAAUGAUACGGUGCUUGAGCGCCUCGACGACGUGAUGGUCAAGGCUGCUUCCUAUGGAAUCAAGCUGAGCAUUGCAAUCCAUAGUUAUAACGCUUUAAGCGGAGGCGAUGUUUACGGGCAAGCCUAUGGGACUUCGGAUUUCUACACCAACAGUGCCGCCAUUUCCAGCUUUGAGCAAAGAAUUUCUCAUGUUCUGGCACAUGUCAAUCCGCACAACAACAAGCCUUGGAGCGAAAGCAGUGAGUACAUCUUCGCAUUCGAGGCUCAGAAUGAAGCCAUGAACAACAAAGGAACGGACUUCAUAGCCGAACACGCAGGCUGGCAAUGCACUGUAGCCCAAGCCAUCAAAGACGGACUCAAAAAUCGCACCGACAUCCUCGUCACUACUGGCGGCCAAGGCUGGCUGGACGUCUCGAUGCAAGACGCCUACUUUAGCUGCGCAGCCUUGGAUGUCAUAGCAAUCCACGCCUACGGGGCAGCCGACUAUGACACCAGCCGCCUGGCUGCUUACGUGGACAAGGCAAAAUCCAGCGGCAAAAAACUGCUCAUGCAGGAAUGGGGCGCGUGCUACUACGACACAGUGAACAACCGCUGCAAUCAGUCCGGAGCGCUUGACGAAGCAACUAGAGCCCAGAAUCUUCGGACGUGGGCGGAGCAGAUCAGUGCUGCGGGCAUACCGUGGAUGUAUUGGCAGGUCAUUCCUAAUGCUGAUCCUCACUGGGACUACGAUUAUGAGAUUGGUACGCCUGAUGGUGAUAUUUGGGAGGCUUUUAAACAAGUUGCUCUCGAUACUGAGACAUAUGAGGCGGCUUUUGACUUUUCGCCGUGGUUGCUGUAAGCUGGAGGAAGUGAGACGGAUUGGAUUUCAGAUGGAUUGGACGGAAGCAAUAACGGGAUGAGUACAUCGAAGGCAUACUGAAACGCUCUACAGACAACAAACAAGCAACACUACCACAAACCGCGUAGAUAGACUUUAAAAUAUCACCAGUAACAGCAACAGAAGUUUGGAGGCAAUCUUCCGUUUCUCAAACACACAUAUCUUUCUUCCAGGCACCCUUUCAGA